AUGGAUAUUCGAACUUCAGUAUUAUUUCAACCUUUUUCGCCAACUAAAUCGGAAAUGGAAAUUACUACAGAAACCUCUACUACAGAAAUUUAUACUGCUACGUCCAAAGUCGGUUUCGACACCUUCUCUCCUCAAGAAACGGUCUCUCGUGAAUUCUCUUUCACCUUGCAAAAAAAAGUAGCUGGCUACAAACGAACAAAAUGGUCACGUACGUUUUUAGUCGCCACCGACUUGGAAAAGUAUAGCGAUAAUGCUGUUGAGUGGCUGUUGGAAAACCUGGUGGAUAAUAGUGACGAGAUUGUUGCGCUGCGAGUUGUUCCGUUUGAUUUUAUGGACUCGAGUAUGUAUGACGGAGAUUCUAGGGUUUCAAAAAGUUCAAUGCUUUCUUCUGUCGAGACUCAGAAAGAAAAGGCAAUGGAAGACGCUAAUCAAUUAAUGCAAAAACUCAUUGAAUUGAAUGAUGAAAAAGCUUUAAAGAUUAAUAUUGUCGUGGAAUUUAUGAUUGGCAAAGUUCAAGAUACUAUUCAACACAUGAUAAAAAUGUAUCAGCCCGAAAGUUUGGUAGUUGGAACAAGAGGACGUUCACAGGCAAAAAGUUUACUUAUGGGUAGUAUAUCAAUGUACUGCUUACAAAAUUCUCCGGUGCCCGUCAUUGUUGUUCGACCGGAGAAGCGUGUGAAACAGGAACAAGAAAAAAAGUUGAAAAAGAGACAAAAAGACUUGCCUGAGCCAUCAUCGGCAUCGUUAUCUCAAGCCAUUUAUAGUACGGACAGUAGUCAAUCAGAAGAGCGAUCGACUAGUAUAAAAAGUUUGGAGGGCCUUGAAGAUACAAGCGGAGAAAUUGAAAAGACAAAGUCCUUUUGA